GCAAUAAUUUAAUCAAUGUAUUUCACAAUAUAAAGAAAAUCUUUUUGGUAAUAAUGGCCUUUGCCUUGACGCUGACUUUUUAAAGGCCAAACAAUUCCCAUUUGAAGUUUGAGAACCGUACUUAAACCCAGAGAAAACCACACCCUGCGGACUGUGAUUACAAACAAAAACCAAGCACUGAAGAGCUGCCUGCUUCCACGUUUCCUUUCAUGCAUCAGACUCAACUGAAACCAGAAGUCUCCCUGUAGGUGAUUCACUGCAACACCACCGCUUCCAUUCACUCCACGACACCUCCGCCCUCCGUACACCUCAUGUACGCCCCCACGUGUGCAUGUUCCAUCACUUCUCAGAAGCAACACCAAAGGCUGUUCUGGAGGUGAUGGAUAUAGAUGGGCUCAGUCUUUUCCAUGUCAAAAGUCAUCUGCAGAAAUAUAGACUGGGCAAAUUUUCUGUGAAGGAGUGGCAGGACACGGCCAAAAAUGUUUCUCAAGUUGUUGGAGGUUCACGCGGUGUUACUUCAUUGAACUUGGCACCAUCCCGCACAAAUGGGUAUAACAGAGGUCAUAGAGCUAAACAAACUCCAAAACCCCAAGAGGAAAUUCAAGGAAAACUCUAUCUGCAAAUUGAGGCUGAGAAGCACAUUCAGAGGUGUUUGGAGGCACAAAGGAGGUACCUAGACACUGCACUAGACCGCGCAUGCAAGAAGCUUGCUGAUCAGUAUUUAGGCGAUGCAGCCACAGAAAAUGCAUUUCUGUAUGGGCAAGCCUCGGCUAGUUUAGGAGCUUUCACAACAACACCUGGCCCAUCUGAUUUGGGAAAUACGGGCACAAUGCCACAGUUUUAUUUCAACCAGCAUAAUCCAUAUCCUACAUGUGACACAUUGACAGCCCAAGCUGAUCUCGGCCUUCAAGAGGUACUUCUUGGUUGUCAGCCCCAAACCUCUCUUCAUCCUGGACCUGAAGGCUCCUCGACUUCAUUCGGAUAUUCUGUAAGUUCAUAUCCGGAGCCGUUCCCUCCACUUGCUAGCAGUGGGAAGAAAAGGGUCCGGCCUGCCGAAGAGGAUCCCAUAGAAGCCUUUUUGAAUUGGGAUGAUACUGAACCAAAGAACCUCGAUGCUGGCUUCAACUAUGACAAUCUUCAAGGUUUUCCUGGCGCUUUUUAGGUAAAACUGUGUAAAUACCAAAGCCACUUUCACUCGUAAGUUUCAAGACUUUUCAUCCUUGCAAAGACUAGUUACUGUACUCACCACAAAAAACACAAAAGGGAUAGUAACUCCUUCUGUCUGCCCAUAAAUAAGAAUGAAAACUAGUAUGGAGUUACCCUUUCUGAUGAAUUUUAUAAUCUUGUUCAUCCAUGUAACUGUCUUGAAUUGCUUAAGGUAAAUCAUGUACAAUCAAUUGGAUAA